UGCGCAAUGAAGUGACGUCACACACCAGAGAAGAAGUCGAGGCUUCGGGCGACUUUUCAAGGAAGUUGAAAGUUUGACUUUAAAUUGGGUUAUUUUGCUAUUUUCCGAGUAAAAGAUAAUUGAAAUAUGGACUUGCCGGAUUGAAAGGAACGCAGCAUCGAUUCAUUAAUGUUACGACUCAAAAUGGCGGAAUAUAAGAACAAGAAUGGCAAAGAUGGUGGAUUAUUUUUAAAUUGAACACAAUCAACGAUGUUUCUGAUACUUGUUUAUCACGUAUUUGGCAUAUUUAAUAUUCUCGCCUUCGCACACUCAUGUGGCCCGAGUGAAUAUAUGUCUGCUGGUGGAGAAUGCUGCCCAAUGUGUAAUAUAGGGUCAGUGGUUUUCCAUGACUGCACUGGGGAUUUCAGUACCACUUGCAAACCCUGUAGUCAAGGAACAUAUAUGAGUGAACCAAAUGGCCUUUAUCAAUGUUUUCCCUGCAAAAACUGUGAUCAAAGUCAAGGACUGUACACCCAGAGCAAAUGUACCACAAUGAGAAACAGCAUCUGUGAUGUGCUUGAUGGAUAUUACUGCAUUGAAUACCACAAUUCAGAGUGCAUUUAUACUCAAAAGCAUAGUGUAUGUAAACCAGGACAAGAAACAAAAUUAGGCACAAAGAGAGCAGAUACAGUGUGUGUAGACUGCAAUUCUGGGUUUUAUUCUCCAUCAGGUUUGAACUGCACCAAAUGGACAGACUGUGCCACCAGAAAUGAGAUUCAGACAGCAGAUGGCAGUUCUAUUAAAGAUGUCACAUGUACACAGAAAAGGGGAAGAUAUGGCCUUAUAGCAGCUUUUCUUGCAGCUGUUCCAAGUGUCCUGGCCUUAUUCCAAUACAGUUCUUCAGAACUUACACAGCUUAAUACAGGUCCUGAAUUUAAAUUUCCUGUUGAAGAAACAAGAUCUACAUUUAGAACAUCACAGCACAUACCGGAGGAAAACAUAGAAGGAGAGUAACUAACAGAUGGGAUUCUCAUUUCAGUCUCUUAUCCCUCCACUGGUCACUCCAUCAUUAAUCAUUUUUAAUGAUAGGAUAGGAGUGGAUUGUGCUGAGUUUGUAAUCUUCUUUGAUUGAUGUGACCUUCACGUGGUGGAGAAGCAUCAGUACCUCAAAGACUCUGUGCUUGAGAUCUGUGCUAGUAGAAGGCUCACCUCAAGUAUAUUCAACAAAACCAGAUUAAUCCCAAAUGCAAAUGUGGGCAAAAAACUAGGAUGUAAUCAAGUACUCGAUCAGCUUUAAAUAUUGGACAGAUAAAAACACUAUUCGAAUAUUGCUAUUUGAUUUUCCUUUGUGCCUUUGCCUGCAGUAGGCAACAACAAAAUUGUUUUCUCAUGUAUAUCAUGCUGUUACAACUGUUUGUUGCAACAAAGCAUUGAUUGACGCUUUGGAUGCAUGAUGUUCUUAAAGGAAUACUCCAAUCACUCAAAAAGAGAAAUUCUGUCAAUAUCUAAAGUUAGUGUAUCACUGCAGAAGACUUGGAAUGUGUGAAUCUAUUUGUAUGUUUUAUUUUAUUUUAUUUUUUUUUAUAUAUAUUUUUCAUUUUUUAAUCUAGAUAAGAAUUAUGCAUUGUGUUCAUUUUUCCAUAAUGAAAACAGGUUCAAUUAAUUCAGUUAAUACAAAAUUUCAAGUGAUUGAUUACUUUUUUCCUUCUUUUUUUUAUGUGUUAGAGCACUCAACUACAAAAUUACUUUUUAAUUAAACCCUACUAAAAACAACAGACCUCCAAUGACAUCAGUAGUAUUGUAAAAAGACACUCCUGACACUAAAACAAAUACACUGCAUUUGAAAUUUGAAACACUAUGUACGGCCAGCUACAUAAAUAUAAACGUAUGUGAUUUUCUGUUCAGCAGUAUAAAAUGGAUGCAAUUUUAAAUUAUUCAGAAAACAGUAUACACAUCAGUUACAUGGCCUACAACCUGCUUAAACUCGAGAUGCAAUUUUUAUUGGCUGAAAUUAAAAUUAUGAGUUAAAAAACUAUAUCCAGUGGUACGGGAUGUCCUUGGGAUGGACACAAGCAAUUGGGGAGCCAUAUCACCCUGUAGCUCAGCUCUAGACUGGUUGCCCAUUAAAGCUAAGCAGGGUUGAGGUCGGUCAGUACUUGGAUGGGAGACCUCUUGGAGAAAACUAAGGUUGCUGUUGGAAGUGGUGUUAGUGAGGCUAUCAGGGGGUGCUCACCCUGCAGUCUUUGUGGAUCCAAACAGAGGGUCAGGAAUUAGCUGGUUAGCAGGUCCCUGCUGGUAGAUGCUGGAAUUACCACCUGAUGGUAAAAAUCAUGUUUCUCCAUAGACAGCCAUUCAAAAGUAGCCAUGUUUCAUGAUGAAAUAAAACAAUUUCCAAGAACCAUUUAAAUUAUUAUUACAUUAUAGCACAUUGUCAUCCGGUGACGGAUUGUUUUUGAAGGGCUGUUUAAAGCGUGAAAUGUAUUUAUAUUUUUCCCUAUCUAUUCCCACUGACAAGUUAUGAGUGUCGUGACACCCAAUCCCAGAACUGGGCACCCAUGAGCAAAGAUAGCAGCCUCUGUUUCGCUAGCUUUCUGGGAACACUGCGCUAGCUGAGCACAGUCAUAGAGAUGAAUGGGGAUGCUAACGGAUAGGUCUCUCUAUUUUAUAGCUCCAUGGUCCUAAUGCCCCAUAGUGAUAGGGACACUAUACUGUAAAAAGGCACCGUCUUUAGGAUGAGACGUUAAACCGAGGUCUUGACUCUGGUCGUUAAAAAUCCCAGGACACUUUUCUUAAAGAGUGGGGGUGUAACUCCGGUGUCCUGGCCAAAUUCCCCCCACUGGCCCUUAUCAAUCAUGGCCUCCUAAUAAUCCCCUCCAUUAACUGGCUCUAUCACUCUACUCUCUCCUCUCCACCAAUAGUUGGUGUGGUGAGCGUUCUGGUACACUUUGGCUGCUGUCGCAUCAUCCAGGUGGAUGCUGCAAACUGGUGGUGAUUGAGGAGCUAUAAGUAUAAUAAAUGUAAUGCUAGUUAAUAAUGCAUUCAUUAAUGUUGAUUAACACAUUUAAUUUAAAAAUGUAUGUUAAAAUUAACAUUAACCAUCAUUAAGUUCUGUAAAAUAUGGUUCAUUGUAAAUUCAUUUUAACUACCAAAACUGACUAAUGUUAAUGAAGACAUUACAACAUUAUUGUAAAGUUUGUAAAGAUUAUUCUCAACACUAGAAGAUCUAAUAAUAAGAGUUAAUGUGGGAAACUUAAUACUUUUUCUGCAUGGCAAAUAUUAUAUCCACAAACUGUCAUUUGUAAUGUCACCUAUUCUAUUUUUAUUCAUUCUUUGCAUUGGAAAGCCCCUAAAUUUGGAUCGUAUUGUAAUUUCAUUUGCCCUCUCAAAAUGUAAUCGUUGAGAAAAAAAUAUUCCUUUUCCCCAUUCUGUUUUUUUAUAUACAAAGAUUUUGUAAUUCCUUACUAUUUUGUUUGUUUAACUGUAAUUUUGUCAAUAAUUCAUUUAUUGUUGCCGUGCUGAAAAUUCAAUAAAAAUCUAAACUAAG